AUGGCUUCCGAAUCUGCCAUCACCUCCCCCAUCGAUCCCGCAACUUCGUCAGGAACCACGCUAGUGGUCUCGUCUUGCAUUCCUGCCAACACGGGUCCAGACCUCCGACUCUUUCCACGCGGCGGCUUCCUCGCAAUCCUUGGUCGCACCAUCGCCAUACCCAGCACCAUCCAGCUGCUUGCGUCGAUAACGUCCAUCCUGCAGCUCGCUUGCUCCUCGACAAAGCACGCCAAGAAGCUCUCUGCUCGAAUCGGUACCUAG